AUGCCGCUGAACGUUCUUGUCAACGGCGCUGGCAUUUGCGGCCCGGCGGUCGCUCUGUUCCUGUUGCACUCUGAUCCAUCACAUAAUAUCACCGUGGUCGAGCGCUCGCCAGGUUUGCGAACAGCGGGCCAGCAGAUUGACAUCCGCGCACAAGGCAUUCCUAUCAUGAAAAAGCUUGGACUCCUUGAGAAGGUCAAGCAGCGCACAGUGGCUGAGUCCGGAGUAGCAGUGGUCGAUGCGCAAGGCACAAUCAAAGCGCUGUUUGAAGUGAACAACUCGGGGAAGGGUCAACAGGCCCUUACAUCGGAGUAUGAAAUCAUGAGAGGCGAUCUCGUGGAUGUUUUAUAUCAGGAGAGUUUGGAAGUUGGCAGAAGAGUGGAAAGAGAUGGCAAGGGGCCCGGUGUCAAGUAUGAGUUCGGAAAAUAUGCCACACAAUUAAGCCAAGACGACAGCGGGGUGGACGUUAUAUUCUCUGAUGGCUCUCGUGGUCGUUAUGAUCUUGCCGUCGGCUGUGAUGGCCAGGGCAGUCGCACGCGGCGGAUGGUCUGGGGCGAAGAGCAAGGCAACAAUGUAUUCAAGUCGCUCGGAGGCCUCGUCGCUUUUUUCAGCAUCCCGCGAGAGCAGGAGGAAGAUAUUGGAAAACUUUUCAAUCUUCCCGAAUACCGUGUUGUCUUUACGAGGACUGGGAAUCGACCUGUUACUCAAGUGGUCCUUGGCGUCCUGGAUAAAGUCGAAGACUUAACGGACUACCCCAGCAAAAGCGUGGAAGAGCAAAAAGCUGCGUGGAGGAAGCUGUACGCGGAUUGCAAAUGGCAACGCGAAAGACUGCUCAAUGGGCUUGACACCACAGAAGAUUUCUACAUGACCGAACUAGGCCAAGUGAAAAUGGACUCUUGGGCCGAGGGGCGAGUCGUUCUUGUCGGCGAUGCUGGUUAUGCCCCUAGCGGAGUCACCGGCCAGGGUACCACGGCUUCUCUAGUUGGGGCCUAUAUUCUGGCAGGCGAGCUAGCUAGGCACGGCGACGAUGUUGCGGCAGCCCUUCGAUCAUAUGACAAAGUCCUGAGGCCUUAUGUGAACGAGAUGCAAAAGCUCGCUCCAGGGACACCGAAUCUCUUGUAUCCCAAGACCGAGUGGGGCAUUUGGGCUUUGCAAACGGCACUGGGAGUUGUUACAAAGCUCCAGAUUUACAAGGUGCUGAAUAUGAUCUUGCCAGAUACCAAGGGUGGGCUUGGGUUACCUGAGUAUCCGGACUUGAAUCUCCCUGGCGAUAUUGUAUUGUAA